AUGAAUUUAGAUGAUCAUAAUUCCAAUGAACAAAAACUAAAUAAAAAACUUCAUUAUUAUGAUUAAGAUUGGCCAUAAUAAUAACUAAACUUAUCACCAAAAUUCACUCCACAAUAGUUUUAUCUUUAGCCACCAUCAACCAUCUCACAAUUCAAUCUCUUACAUGAAUAAGAAAUCCAAGAUAAAAAUAAAUCAAAAUAUCCUUUUAGAAAAUUAUCUGCUGGUGAUGUUUUAGAAUUAUAAGAAGACAAUCCCAAUCAUCAUCAUUACAAUUAUUAACAAUUCUAUCAGUAAAUACCAUAACAAAUGAAAUAUCCUCUAAAUAACUAAUAUAUGCAUAAAUUUACAUAACCAUAUCCUCCUCCUUGGUAUCCAACUCCAUAUCCACUUUUUUAUUACCCUCCUUAUGAUAUAUCCUAAUAUUAAAAUACUUUAUCAAAAGAACUCUAAUCUAAAGUUAAUCAAUUAGUUUAAUAUUAAAAAGUCUCUCAUUUCUUAUGCAAUUGUAAAAAAAGUAAAUGCUUAAAAUUAUAUUGUGAAUGCUUUACUAAUAAUUGGGUUUUAUUCUUCAAUAUUUUAGGUCUGUUCUUAAAGUUGUAAUUGUACUGAAUGUAAAAAUAGAAUUGAUAAUCCUAAUGAAAGAUCUAAGGCUAUAGAAGAAGCUCUACUUAGAAACCCAGAAGCAUUUUCACCUAUUUUAAAUAACAAUGGAUAAUAACCAUAAAUCAUCUAAGGUAUUUAUUAAUUUAAUAAUUUCAUAGAAUAAAACUCUAACAAAGACUUACAAAAAGAAACUAAAAAAGGUUGUAAUUGUAAAAAAUCUGAAUGCAAAAAAAAAUACUGUGAAUGUUACAGCAUUAAUUAAAAGUGCACUGAUUUGUGUAAAUGUGAGAAUUGUCUUAAUAAAGAGUAAGAAUAGCUUUAAAUUCAACCUCAAAAUAUAGAAAACAAUCCUAACUUAAUAAUUCAACAAGAAAUAUAAGAAAUAAAAUAAUAAAAAGAUCAUAAAUCAAAAAAGAUUAAGAAAGAAAUAAUGAUUCAUAAUAAUAAUUAUAAUAAUAAUCAUAUAAAAAAAAAAUAGAAAAAAACUUGA